UUCGAGCUGCCGGAUCUUCUGCGGCUGAGGGGCUAGUGGGCGCGAGGAUGGUGUGCGAAAAAUGUGAAAAGAAACUUGGUACUGUUAUUACGCCGGACACAUGGAAAGAUGGUGCGAGAAAUACCACAGAAAGUGGUGGAAGAAAACUGAAUGAAAAUAAAGCAUUGACUUCAAAAAAGGCAAGAUUCGAUCCGUAUGGAAAGAAUAAGUUCUCCACUUGCAGAAUUUGUAAAAGCUCUGUGCACCAGCCGGGGUCCCACUACUGCCAGGGCUGCGCCUACAAGAAAGGCAUCUGUGCGAUGUGUGGAAAAAAAGUUUUGGAUACCAAAAACUACAAGCAAACAUCUGUCUAGAUGUACUGG